AUGGCACGAAGUUUUAUAAGGGUUUAAGUUUCAAAAACAAGCGCGAGCUAGUUGUGUCAUUGAAGCUUGCUUCCUUGAAGGCUCCUUUCAGUUUCAAAUCAGUGAAGAGUACUAAAUUUAUGUACUGCGUCAAAUGUGUAGACAAUAAAUGCAAGUGGUGGUUGCGAACCGUCAAAUAUAUAAGUACUGAUAGGUUUUAUAUUAUGAGAUACAAGAAUGAGCACACAUGCGGGUCACAACAUCUUACAGAAAAGCAUCCACACGCCUCAGCGGAUGUCAUUGGUGAAUACAUCCAUUCUAAGUUUGAAGAGGGCAAGGGUCCAUCUAACAAAGAAAUUAUGGAAACAGUUCGUUUGGAUUUGGGUUAUAAUGUUAGUUAUUGAAAGUGUAUGAAGGGAGGUCAUAUUGCAAAGGCUAUGGUAAGGGGGACUCCAGAGCACGGUAUGAAAUUUUAGAUGCGUACCGAUACGCGCUUAGGAAGGCAAAUGAAGGAAGCAAGACGACACUGAAGCUUGAUAACAAAGGGAAGUUUCAGUAUUUUUUUGUAGCUUAUGAAGCUUGGAUUCAGGGAUUUUUGUUUAUGAGGAAAGUCAUAGCUAUUGAUGGGACAUUUUUGAAGGGAAAGUAUCGUGGAGUGUUGUUGUCUGCCGUGGCACAAGAUUCAGAGAACCAUAUUUUUCCUGUGGCAUUUUGUGUAGUAGAAAAGGAGUGUGAUGUCGCAUAUGAAUAUUUUUUUGAACAAUUGUCUAGCAUACACCCCGACAGUGUUGAGUUGUGUAUAAUUUCUGAUAGGCACAUAAGCAUAGCAAAUGGGAUCUCAAAAUUUUACCCUCAGGCUCAUCACGGAUUUUGCAUGAGGCACUUUGCUGAAAAUCUUCGCAAAAAUUUUCGUUGCGGAGAUUUGCUUCACCAUUAUUAUUCUGCAGCUAAAGCAUAUAAGAUUGAUGAGUUCAAUGAUCAUUUUCAACAAAUCAAACUUAACGAUGUAAGAGUUGCCAAAUAUCUUGAGGAGGAUGUUGGGUUUCACAAAUGGAGCAGAGCGCACUUCCCUGGUAACAGGUAUGAAGUAUUGACCACAAAUAUUGCUGAGUCUGUUAAUUCAAUGUUUCUACUCGAAAGAGAAUUCUCCAUCACUGCCCUAUUCGAUGCUAUUAAUAGGAGGUUUGCUCAAAAAUUCCAUGAGAGGCGUAUGCAGUUCCUCGACACUCCAACCAUUUGUGUCCCUUCAGUUGAAAAGAAGAUUAAUAAAAAUGCAACAUUUGGCAACAAACUAUUGGUCCAUCCAAUAAGGCAACAAGAUUUCAGCAUCACCGGCCAUGGUGUGGUUGCAAAGGUUGAUCUACACAACAGAACAUGUUCUUGCAGAGAGUUCGACCUAGACAAAAUACCUUGCCCACAUGCUAUGGCAGCCCUUAGAGUUGAGUUUGGUGAUCAAUACGGAACAAGCAUUUAUGACUAUACUUCUGACUUUUAUUAUAUAGACACAUACGUGAAUGCAUAUGUCAUAGAAAUUAAUCCAGUGCCUUCUGAAGAAUGUUGGGAUGUUCCUCCGGAGCUUGUUGAGAGAAAAAUACCUCCACCUUCAUGUGAAAUUCAACUGGGAAGAAGGAAGACAAAGCAGAUUCCAGCAAGCGGGGAAGUAAAAAAGAAGCAAAACAGAUGCUCCAUGUGCAAAAGGACUGGCCACAAAAGAACUACUUGCAAGAAGAGAACUGAAGGAACAAGCAACUUCGUUGUGGCUUAA